AAGCUAAUCGACCUGAAAAUGGAAUACACGCGUAUGGGAAUUCCUAAUGAUUACUGGGUGUUUAGUGAUCUCAAUGUAGACUUUAAGGUUUGUAGUACUUACCCAACUUGUCUGGUUGUGCCUAAAGAAGCCUCUGAAGCUACAAUCAUUGGAAGCUCAAAGUUCAGAAGUAGGGAACGGUUUCCCGUGUUGUCUUACUAUUACAAAGAAAACAAUGCUGCAAUUUGCCGAUGUAGCCAGCCUCUCUCUGGCUUCAGUACUCGCUGUGUGGAAGAUGAGAAGAUGCUGGAUAUAAUCAGUAAAGCCAACCCAGGAAGUCCCUUUAUGUAUGUUGUAGACACGAGGCCCAAGCUGAAUGCAAUGGCAAACAGGGCAGCAGGGAAGGGCUAUGAAAAUGAAGACAAUUACCCCAACAUUCAUUUCCAGUUUAUUGGGAUUGAGAAUAUCCAUGUGAUGAGAGGAAGCCUGCAAAAACUCUUAGAGGCUUGUGAACAGAAGAAUCCAUCCAUGAGUAGUUUCCUUACCAUCCUUGAGAACUCUGGCUGGUUACGGCAUAUUAAAGCUGUAAUGGAUGCUUCAGUUUUUUUAGCGAAAGCAGUAAGGGAUGAUAAUGCCAGUGUGUUGGUACACUGUUCAGAUGGCUGGGAUCGCACAGCACAAGUGUGUUCGCUCGCUAGCAUACUCCUGGAUCCAUUUUACAGAACUAUAAAAGGAUUCAUGGUACUCGUUGAAAAGGAAUGGAUAUCCCUGGGACAUAAAUUUUCUCAAAGAUGUGGCCAUUUAGAUGUUGAACCUAAAGAAGUGUCACCGAUAUUCACACAGUUUGUGGAGUGUGUGUGGCACCUAAUGGAACAGUUCCCUUGUGCCUUUGAAUUCAGUGAGAAAUAUUUACUAGAAAUUCAUGAUCAUGUCUACUCCUGUCAAUUUGGAAACUUUCUUGGGAAUUCUCAGAAGGAACGCAUGGAACUUAAAAUUUAUGAAAAUACCCAUUCACUGUGGCCAUUUCUACUGCAACGGAAGCAGGACUUUGUGAAUCCGUGUAUAUCCCGAUUGCAUAUAAAACACUCCAGCCAAGCACACUUCCAUUCUUCUUCAAGUUCUGGUGUGGAAUGUACAACCGUUUCGACAAGGGAAUGCACCCGAGACAGUCUGUUCUGGAUUAUCUGCUUGAAUGUCUGAACAGAAAAUCAACUUUAGAAACAAGCGAAUCUGCAAUGGAAGAUAAACUCCUUAAGCAAGGCAGCCCCCUUCAAGACCCAUUCACAACACCAAAGCACUUUGACCCUGCAUUGGGAAUAGAAGACCUAGCUGCUGAUCUCCUGGAUGGUGGUGAAGGGCACCCAGUAUCUCAUCUCUCUAAUGGUUCAGUGGCAAACUGUGACAAUAUUGUAUGUAAGAAAAAUGAAAUGAUAGAGGAGCAGCAUGGAAACAACAUCUGUAGCCUUGUAGACUCACAGGACAGGUGUUCAUCUGAAAACCACGUUCGGUCUUGUAAUGAAACCAGUGGGACCGCCAGUGCUACUGCAUCACCGCACUUAUCAGAAGAGAUGUAA